AUGGAGGACGAAGUGCCUCGUCUCUGGCUCGCCUUGGCCGGCCUGGGCUUGUAUCUUGGUGUCAGGACCUUAUAUCGCCUAUAUUUCCAUCCGCUGUCUCAUAUCCCUGGACCAAAGCUGACAGCAUGUACGCAUCUAUACGAAUUUUACUACAAUGUCAUUCGCCCGGGCAUGUUCCUGUUCGAAAUCGAGAAGAUGCAUAAACAAUACGGCCCCAUAGUGCGGAUCAAUCCCCGAGAGGUUCAUAUCAGCGACCCAGACUUUUACGACGAGAUUUACGCUUCCAGCUCUCGCAAGCGGAACAAGGAUCCCAAGUAUGUCCCUACCUAUGCCUUGCCCGGCUCCAUGGUGUCGUCCGUGAGCCAAGAGGAGCACCGGUUCCGACGAGGAAUCUUGAAGGACUUCUUCUCCAGACGCUCCGUUGCCGAGCUGUCUGAUUCGGUCAACGAGCGGGUGCAGAAGCUCAUGAGGCGCCUGGAGGCGGACAGUCUCAACGGGACGAUUGUCUCGCUUGACGAUGCCUUCUCAGCGCUGACAUCCGACAUCAUCACGGCGUACUGCUGCGGUAAGGACUGGGACUUUGUCGAGGACGAGAACUUCCGCAGCGACAUUCGCAAUGCUGCUGAGAAUGCCAUUGAGUUUACUCACAUCUCACGCUUUGUCCCGUGGCUCGUCUACGCGAUGAGCGCCCUUUCGCCACGCCAAUUGGCCUUGAUCAUGCCGGGCAAGGCAAAGCUCUUCGAGUUCCUCGAGUCCUUCUUGGAGUACGGACUGAGGGAGUCCCAUGUGGACAAGCGGAAGACGAUGGUGGCCACCCUGGCCGAUCCAAGCAUCCCCGAAAAAGAACGGGACUACUAUCGACUCCGGGACGAGACAUUUGCCCUGCUUGCCGCUGGCACGGAGACGACUGGUCGGGUGUCAACCAUUGCGGCUUUCUAUCUGGCCAACGAUAGCAGAGUGCGGGAGAAGCUGCAGGCGGAGUUGAAGCAGGCCAUGCCCACGCUGGAUGCCAGGCCAACAUGGGUUGAGCUGGAACAACUGCCUUAUCUGAAUGCCUUUAUCAACGAGUCAUUGCGGUUGGGCUAUGGUAUCACCGCUCGACUCCCGCGAGUUGCACCGCACGAAGCUCUGCAGUAUAAAGAAUACGUGAUCCCUCCAGGAACCCCUGUCAGCAGUUCCACAUAUUUCAUCCAUGGCAAUGCCUCCAUCUUCCCCGACCCGGACACGUUCCGCCCCGAGAGAUGGAUCGAAGCCGCAGAAAGAGGAGAGAACUUGAAGAAGUACCUGGUUACAUUCAAUCGGGGAAGCAGAGGUUGCAUCGGUAUCAACCUCGCAUACCUGGAGCUGUUCCUCACGCUCGCGCAUUUCGCCCGUCGCUUCAACAUGGAGCUGCACGACACUGUGCUGGACGACGUCCGCAUCGUCCGGGACAUGACCAUGGGCGUGACCAGGCGAGGCGGCGUCAAGGUCUAUGCCAAACUGUCGCGUGUCGACGAGUAG